AAAAGUGUUUCUGUCUGUAUUGUGUGUAUUUAACUGUCUUUUAAUUUAUCACAACCAUUUAAAUUCGAAAUUAUAUUUACAUAAAAUGUGUGCGCAACGGACUGAAGAACAGGAGAAGGAAAUGAGGAUAUUCCUUCAACGGCACUUCGGCAAUCUACCUGAUAGAGCUCCCUGGUGGUUCAAUUUUGCCGUUGUUUUUAGCUUUGGCUUUUUGUGUUCUGCAUUGUACUCACCUUUGGAGGAGAUUGGAGGCAAAGCUGUCGACACUUACCAUUAUAUUAGGGGAAAUAUGCAGCCCGAAGCCAGCGUAAACAUCAAAAUCAAGAAGAUUCAAAGUCGUAUUUUGCCAAUGAUAUGUUUAGUGUUUACAGUAACGCUCAUCUUCGUCUAUGGAAUAUGUAAACUUAAGACAGCUCUUAGAAAAUAUAUUUUCUACUGUAGAGGUCGCUUAUCUUUAUCAGAUUAUAUAAGUUUCACUUGAAAUUCGUGAAUUUUUGUGUAUUUUAUUCUUGAGAUAUUCAUAGUUGAUAUCAGCUUGUUAGAUGUAAGUUUAUGAUUGGACAAAUUUUGAUUCGUUUAUUAAUAGUUUCUGCAUUAUAGCAGAAAUAUUAUGAAUCAAAAUGCAGUCUACUCAGAAUAUGAAAGGCCAUGUAAAUAUCAUUUCACGAAUAAUAUGUUCCAUAAU